CAAGUGCUCUGUGCUGGCCGAGGGCGCCUGAGGAAACAUCCCAGACGCGCCUGGGGCUGGUCUCUCUGAGCCCUUCACGUCUCUCACUAAUUCUCAUCGGCACCAUGGAGCCCAACAGUCCCAAAAAGAUACAGUUUGCUGUGCCUUUAUUCCAGAGUCAGAUUGCACCCGAAGCGGCAGAGCAGAUCAGGAAAAGAAGACCUACACCAGCAUCCCUUGUGAUUCUCAAUGAACAUAACCCCCCAGAAAUAGAUGACAAGAGGGUGACCAACACACAAGCAGAAUCACAGAAUGCAUCCCCUAAGCAAAGGAAGCAGAGCGUGUUCACACCACCUGCCAUGAAAGGGGUUAAACAUCUGAAAGGCCAGAACGGAUCAGCGUUCCCAGAGGAAGAAGAAGGCGGCGGCGAGAGGGAGAAGCAGUGGGGCCAUCAAUGA